ACUUCUGAGGAAAGGAUGUCUGUUGUGCAACUGUUGAUUGACAACGGUGCAGAUUUGACCAGCCAAAAGCACGGUUUAACCCCUCUACAUCUCGCAGCAGAAGACAAACCUUUAGACAUUGUCAAAAUGCUGGUAGAGGCGGGGGCAGACAUUCGAGCAGAGGCUCUAAAGACUGGUCUGACUCCCCUCGACAUGGCCAAACACACAAAGAAGCAAGACGUUGUUGACUACCUGGUCGCAAGGGCAGAAAAGGACAAUGAAGAGGGAGGAAGGCCCAAACGGGAUCCACCCAGCGUGGAGCCACGGCAGACAGACACACCUGUGGAGGAGACUGUUGAAGGGGCAGUGGGAGGGAUUCAAAAGUUGGACAUCAAGGAUGAGGACAGUAGUGACGAUGACCUGUAGCGUCGGGUGGUAUAGUGGUUAGAGCGUUUGACUAUGAACCGGGAGACCCGGGUUCAAUUCCGAGUCGUACUCGGGGCAUGUCUGAACAUGCACCCCGACGUUGUGCCCUU